AUCUUUUUACAAAAUUAUUUAUGUUCUUAAUUAAUUUUCUUUUCUUUACAGUCGGAAAAUAUGAAUAGAGAAUAACAGUGAAUCAAAUUAUUUUUUUUAUAUAAAUCGUAUGCCUUUCUUUUCAACACAGUUCUAUUUGCGCCUUACUUUCACUACUAUCUCUAUUUUUUGAAAUGUUUUUUUUUCUUAAGAUUUGAAAGAUAUUUCGGGCUAUCUUACGAAUUUUACUAGAAAAAUACUGGUGACUAUAUCAUAUUGCUGGAAAUUUCAAAUUCGAUGGAAAAGCAAAUUACUGUUGUAAUUUUUAUGGCCUUCCAUUUGAAGUAGCUUACACGGUUAAUUUAUAAUUUGACUUCCAGAUUUCUAAGGGAAGAACCUCAUUUUCUUUAUUACAGUAUGGACCAAGACAAAAUUGCUCCAACCCAAGCGCCAGAAUUACCAGCUUAUCCUCAAGGUGGACUUGAUGGGAAUGUACAGUCAGUCCAGUCAGGUUCGUAUUUGAACCACCCUUCAUAUGCCUUAGGAAAUAGGUUCUAUAACGCUCCAGGGUAUAUGGGGUUAAACUAUGGGAACUAUCCCAAUUUCAAUUCUUUUUUACCCUCCUUUAAUGGGAUCCCUUCUGUAGAAUCCAACGGACCUACAACUGAACCCGUCUCUUCUUUAAGAGUUAUAGAAGGAAUCGUCAGCUCUGUUGGUAGUAUUGCUCAAGUUAUGGAAUCAACUUUAAUGGCAGCUCAUAUGAGUUAUAACACUUUUGUUUCAGUGAUGGAAAAUUUAUCUAAACUAAAGGUGUCUAUUGGGUCUUUGUUCGGCAUCAUUUCAUUAAUAAGACGACUAAAGCGAUUCAUUUAUAACAUACUGGGAAUCAAAUUGGCGAAACCACCAAAUAUGAGUGACUAUAAUUCCUUUGAUGUUGAAGAAUCCAAGCCUUCCUCUAAAAAAUCCAAACUUCUCUCUGGUGUUUUAUUCGCUUCUCUAUUUGUUUUUCCAUAUGUGCUAAUAAAAAUGUUCAAAAAGAUUUACGAAAAGGAAAAAAUUAUUGCAAAAGAGAAAAAUUCAAAGUUAUUACAAGAUCUUGAAUUUUGUAAAGCGGAAUUUGACUUUGUACCAAGAGAACCAACUGUGGAACUCGGAUUGAAGAAAGGAGACAUCAUUGCUGUUUUGAGUAAGACUGACUCAAAUGGAACAGAAACUGGAUGGUGGUAUGGAAGAAAACGCAAUAGUGAAAGAGGGUGGUUUCCUUCAAACUAUUGCACCGUCAUUCCCAUGAAGGAGCAACUAGACAGAGUCAGUACUGAAAUUAAAUAGGGAUAAUCAGGUUAUAGGUACGACUAGAAUUUACAUUACGAUAUUGAUCACAUUAUAGACUUGAACAUUAUUAGGGCUUAAAUUAAUUACAACCUAUUCCAUCAUUAUCAAACUAAAUAUGUAAUUAGUAUAGACAAAAUUUAGGCAAAC